AUGCGGCUGCGGGCGGCCCCGCGGCGCUGCCCGGCGCUGUGGCGCUCGCUGCGCUGCCCGCGGGACGAGCUGCGCCUCGACCUGGUGCUCAGCAGCGGCCAGAGCUUCCGCUGGCGGGAGAGCAGCCCCGGCUGCUGGACGGGCGUCCUGGCCGGCCGCGUGUGGACGCUGACGCAGGACGAGGAGCGUCUCUGGUACACGGUGUACGGCGAGGAGGACGAUGGCGACGCCGAGGAGGACGAGGGUGACGGUGAAGAGGAUGAAGGUGAUGGUGAAGAGGAUGAAGGCGCAGGUGACAAGGACAAGGCUGCAGAGCGGCGCCCCGGCCCCACGGAGCCGCCGGCGCCGCUGGGCGCGCACACGGACGCCAUCCUGCGCGACUACUUCCAGCUGGACGUGGGGCUGCGCGCGCUGUACCGCGCCUGGGGGGCGGCCGACCCCCACUUCCAGGCGGUGGCCGCCGCGUUCCCAGGCGUGCGGGUGCUGCGGCAGGAGCCCGUCGAGUGCCUGCUCUCCUUCAUCUGCACCUCCAACAACCACGUGGCGCGCGUGGCCGCCAUGAUCGAGCGCCUGUGCCGGGCCUUCGGGCGCCGCCUGUGCCGCGUUGCCGACUGCGUGUGCCUCAUGGCGCUGGACAAGGCGGAGGCGGUGCCCGUGGACACGCACGUGUGGCGCCUGGCGCGGCAGCACUACGGCAUACCCGCCGCCAGCCUCACGGCGCGGGCGCACCGCGACAUCGGCGACUUUUUCCGCGGGCUCUGGGGCGCCCGCGCGGGCUGGGCGCAGGCGGUUCUCUUCUGCGCCGCCCUCCACGCGGGCCGCAAGGCGACAGGCAGCAGCGCUCAGCCCAAGGGGCGCCGGGCCCAGGGCAGGGUCCCCUCCUAG